UACGAUGGCCAAUGCAGGAAUACAGCUUCUUGGCUUCUCGCUGGCCUUCCUGGGCUUUGUUGGCUCAAUAGCAUCCACAGUCAUGGUGGAGUGGAAAGCUUCGUCCUAUGCAGGAGACAACAUCAUCACAGCUCAGGCUCUGUAUGAAGGACUGUGGAAGACCUGUGCAUCACAGAGCACAGGCCAGGUUCAGUGCAAAGUCUAUGAUUCACUCCUCCAUCUACCAGCGAUCGUACAGGGCACACGAGGGCUGAUGUUGUCCUCCAUCUUGCUGGGCUUUAUUGCCAUUUUGGUGGAGGUGGUGGGCAUGAGGUGCACCACUUGCUUGGCAGAACAACCAGAGCAGAAGGACAAAGUGUCACUGGCUGGAGGGAUUGUCUUCGUUAUCGCUGGUCUGCUUGCUCUCGUGGGAACAUCUUGGUAUGGCCACAGAAUAGCACAGGAGUUCUACAACCCAUUCACUCCCACUAAUUCAAAGUAUGAAUUUGGGAGUGCUCUGUAUGUUGGAUGGGGAGCUGCAUGUCUCAUCAUUUUAGGAGGGGGUUUCCUCUGCUGCAACUGCCCCGGCAAGAGCUCAGGGAAAUCUCCACGCUACCCACCAUCUCGCUCUGCCGGCCAGACAGGCAGGGACUACGUCUAGGGGGAACGAUCACUCCAUCCAGCCUCUGUUCAUGGAAAGUGCUGUCUUCAAAAGAGCCAUAACUGGGCAGUUAUGUUCAGACUUGUUUGACACAUAUAUUUGCAGGUGUUUUUGGGUGCUGGGAAAUCAGUUAAGUUCUUUUGUAGUCCAUGUAAGAGCCCACAAAUAGCAAAAACAAAAAACGUUUGUUGUAUAAGAAUUGCACUGACACAGGAUACUUCACAUUUUAACAGUGAAUAGCAACAGUACAUUUCAAAUAGUAAUUGCUACUUGAAAUGGAACUUAUCAAAGGAUAAAUACAACUAAGAACAAAAUUAACGUAAUAAAAUGAAUUUGAAAUGUUAAUUCUUUUGCCCAGAAUAGGUUCAAAACAUCUCAGGAUACUUUUUAUUCCUACAGUCUUUGCAAGUACCUACUUUAGUUUUAAUUUUGUUAUUGUGCUUUGUUUGGAAUUAUUUCUUCAUCACAUGUAAAAUAAAAUCCUUGUUACUUUGA